UCCUAAGUCCUAACUAAAUUCAGAGUACGACUUGGUACAUCUUUAGACAGAGACAGAGACAGAGACAGAGAGAGAGAGAGAGAGAGAGAGAAAGUGGAGAUGUGUCAUAGACGGUGGUGUGAACUCUGAGAAAGAGCUGAUGAAACAUUGAAGAAACCUCCUUCUGUACAUUCAUUUUCUUCUGAAAAAGGUUCAGGAAGUUUCAUUUGUUGAUUUUGGAAAGCAGUUUCUGUUUUCCUUUGGGAUCAUUCAAUUUGAGGACUGGGUUUUGCUUGAUUUGAAGGGGAAAGAAAGAUCGAACUUCUGUAUCUUGGUGAUUGCGGAGCAAGAUGCAUGGGAUAUCAUGCCUUGAAAGGAACCAGUGACCAUGUAAAUAUGAAGCAGUGACCCUAUUAAUAUGGAUCUCAAUGAGGAAAGCUCCAGAUUCGGAUCGUUACGCAACACGACUUUAAGGACUCUAUCAUCUUCCUCGUCAGCAUUCUUUUCUGCGAAUCAAUCACCCUUUUUCUCCCCAAGAUCACCAGUUUGUCAAAUACCGACACGUUCUGACAUUCCACGUGGCAUUCCCAAGAGAGGUGUUGAUUCCGUGAAUCCCAAUUUAGGAAUUCCAAACCUCGAAUCGCAGGAAAAUAUCAGAUUUCCCUCUUCAGACGUUUCAUCUGUCCCUGCUGCAUCUACUUCGAGUAACUAUUGGAAGUUGGACCAUGUUCCUUCCUCAACUGGCAUUUCAAACAACACCCUGUCUUGUUAUGGUAAUGAGUAUUUCAAGCACAGAGAAAAGAAGAAAAAGAUUGGGAGAAUCCAUGGUACUUCAUACACUCAGGCUCCAACUUCAUUUUCCUCUAACAGACUAACGAGCUGUGAUGUGUACAUAGGUUUUCACGGUCAGAAACCGUUACUAAUGAGAUUUACUGAUUGGCUUCGUGGGGAGUUGGAAGUUCAAGGGUUCAGUUGUUUUGUUACAGACAGAGCUAGGUGUAGGAACAGUCGGAAACAUGGAAUUGUUGAGAGGGCAAUGGAUGCAUGUACUUUUGGAGUUGUGAUCUUAACCAGGAAAUCCUUAAAGAAUCCCUAUACUGUCGAGGAGCUACUAUUUUUCUCAGGCAAGAAUAAUUUGGUUCCAGUGUAUUUUGAUUUGGGUCCGGAUGAUUGCCUCGUGAGGGACAUAGUUGAGAGAAGGGGGGAGUUAUGGGAAAAGCACGGGGGAGAACUCUGGCUUCUAUAUGGAGGAAGUGAGAAGGAAUGGAAAGAUGCUGUUAGUGCCCUCUCUCGUGUCGAUGAGUGGAAACUAGAGGCUCAUGAUGGUAACUGGAGAGAUUGUAUCCUGCGGACUGUUACCAUUUUGGCAAUGAGGUUGGGAAGGAGAAGUGUUGUGGAUAGAUUAGCCAAAUGGAAAGAAAAGGUGGAAAAGGAGGAAUUUCCUUUCCCUCGAAAUGAGAAUUUCAUCGGCAGAAAGAAGGAACUUUCCGAGCUGGAGUUUAUGCUCUUUGGUGAUGUUAGUGGAGAUGCUGAAACGGAUUACUUUGAACUCAAGACCAAGGCCAAGCGUAGGCGAAAGAAUGUUACGAUUAGUUGGGGUAGGAGCAGUUCUGCAGAGGAAAGAUGGAGAGAACGACAAACUGAGAGUGGUAAAAGGAAGGGAAAAGAACCAGUUGUGUGGAAAGAGUCUGAAAAGGAGAUAGAGAUGCAAAGUACUGAAGAUCAGCACCAACCACCAAAACUAAAGAGUGGUGGAAGGCAGAGAAGAAGAUCGAUCAAAGUUGUGUACGGAAAAGGUAUUGCUUGUGUAUCGGGAGAAUCGGGAAUUGGCAAGACAGAACUACUUCUUGAGUUUGCAUAUCGAUUCCACCAGAGGUAUAAGAUGGUUCUGUGGGUAGGAGGGGAGAGCCGAUACAUCCGCCAAAAUUAUUUGAACCUCUGGCCAUUCCUAGAGGUUGAUGUCGGGGUAGAGCGUGGCUUGGAGAAAAGCAGGAUCAAGAGCUUUGAAGAGCAGGAAGACUCGGCCAUAGCAAGAGUUCGAAAAGAGCUUAUGCGAAACAUUCCAUUUUUAGUGGUGAUUGAUAAUUUGGAGAGUGAAAAGGAUUGGUGGGACCAAAAACUCAUAAUGGAUCUUCUUCCCCGUUUCGGAGGAGAAACGCACAUUCUUAUAUCUACGCGUCUCCCUCGUGUAAUGAAUCUAGAGCCUUUAAAACUUUCUUACUUGUCUAGUUUCGAGGCAAUGUCGUUAAUGCAGGGAACUGUUAAGGAUUACCCAAUCACAGAGAUAGAUGCUCUUCGGGUUAUUGAAGAGAAACUUGGAAGACUUACCUUGGGCAUUGCCAUUGUUGGAGCAAUUCUCUCUGAGCUUCCCAUAAAUCCUAGUAGACUAUUGGACACCAUUAACCGAAUGCCUUCGAGGGACUUAACAAGGAGUGGUAGGGAAACUCAUUCAUCGAGAAGAAAUAACUUCCUUUUGCAGCUCAUUGAGGUUUGUUUCUCAAUAUUUGACCAUUCGGAUGGCCCAAGGAGUUUGGCAACUAGAAUGGUGCUUGCAAGUGGUUGGUUUGCACCAGCAACCAUUCCAAUUUCUCUGUUAGCUCUGGCUGCUCAGAAGAUACCCAAAAAACACCGUCGUACCAGGUUAUGGAAAAAGUUUUUUCGCUCCCUGACUUGUGGGUUUAGAUCAUCGUACAGUAAGAGAUCAGAAGCAGAAGCAUCUUCAAUGUUGUUACGAUUCAAUAUUGCGAGAAAUUGUACGAAGGAGGGGCAUAUCCAGUUGAAUGAAAUGAUCAAGACAUAUGUGCGAAAGAGAGGAGUCACAGGAGUUGCACAGGCCAUGGUACAAGCUGUUCUUACCAGCGGAUCUAUUCCCCACCAUAAUGAACACAUAUGGGCAGCAUGUUUUCUGCUGUUUGGAUUCGGGAACGGCCCAGUUACUGUUGAGCUGAAGGUGUCCGAAUUGUUGUUUCUUGUAAAAGAAGUGAUAUUAUCACUCGCUAUCAGGACAUUCAUUACUUUCUCGCGGUGUAGCGCUGCUUUAGAGCUCCUUCGCCUCUGCACAAAUGCAUUGGAAGCGGCAGAUGAAGCAUUUGUUACCCCAGUUGAAAAGUUGUUGGACAAAUCGCUGUGUUGGAAACCCAUUCAGACAAGUGCCCAGUUAAAUCCUUGCCUUUGGCAGGAGCUAGCACUAGCAAGGGCCACCGUGCUUGAAACCCGGGCGAAGUUGAUGCUAAGAGGAGGACAGUUCGACAUAGGGGAUGAUCUGAUUAGGAAGGCAAUUUUCGUAAGAACUUCAAUCUGCGGAGAGGAUCAUCCAGAUACCGUUUCUGCUCGUGAAACUCUGGCCAAACUCACUCGACUUCUUGCCAAUGUUCAAAUUCAUACUUCGCCAUAGAUUUGUUUUCCUUUCAUUUUCCCCUUUUGGUAAGCAGAGUUUACAUUAGAAUCAUACAAAGCUUCAGAAUAAGACUAAUUUAGACAGUUGAAUGGAGAACUUGUUCAUACCAAUUUUGAUAUUGAUGAGAUCACUUCAGUUUCCA